GUUGAACUUGUGCGUGUGUUGCUUUCCGUGCCACGACUCGCCGUUCCUUGUCCAUCUUGUGAAGCAAGCAGAAUCAGUCGGUCGAGGUGUCAUACAAAGGCCUGGCAGCCACAUACAUGUGUCUAACGCCUCGCUUGGUCUUCCGCAGCACGCCUUCGAUGCUGUAGGCGCUCCCCUCUGCAGACUGAGCGCUGUAAGGUGGACCAGAAGGAAGAACAUUACAGUGGAGAAAGUAUCGUCAGCAUGGGAAUAGUAUUUUAACAACUGACCAAAAACAGAUCUCGCGAGAGCUCCGGCGUUCUCGGUGACUGGCCGUGGCUUUGCAGCAGACAGAGGGAGAAGGCAGGCAGGCAGCAUCAUGGCGGACAGAGACAGUGGUAGUGAGCAGGGAGGAGCAGCCACGGGCCCAGUCUUCGGUUCCGUGCACCCCGCGACAGGAGGGGCGGGCUCGGCUACCGGGCUCCAGCAUGAGACUCAAGAGCUGGCGUCGAAGCGAGUUGACAUCCAAAACAAACGCUUCUAUUUGGACGUGAAGCAGAACGCGAAAGGCCGCUUCUUAAAGAUAGCAGAAGUCGGGGCCGGUGGAAACAAGAGCCGCCUGACUCUCUCCAUGUCGGUGGCUGUCGAGUUCCGUGACUACUUGGGGGACUUCAUCGAACAUUAUGCGCAGCUGGGUCCGAGCAACCCGGCUCUGGUGCAAGAUGAGCCCAGGCGAGCACUCAAAAGCGAGUUCUUGGUCCGGGAAAACCGCAAAUACUACAUGGAUCUGAAAGAGAACCAGAGGGGUCGGUUUCUGAGGAUUCGACAGACCGUUAACCGGGGGCCCGGUUUGGGAUCCACGCAAGGCCAGACCAUCGCUUUGCCGGCCCAGGGACUUAUUGAGUUUCGUGACGCUUUGGCUAAACUUAUUGACGAUUACGGUGUAGAGGACGAACCUGCAGAGUUGCCCGAAGGGUCAUCAUUGACUGUGGACAACAAACGGUUUUUCUUCGACGUCGGAUCCAAUAAGUAUGGUGUGUUCAUGAGGGUUAGCGAGGUAAAGCCAACCUACCGCAACUCGAUUACCGUGCCCUACAAAGUGUGGUCCAAAUUUGGGAAUACUUUCAGUAAAUAUGCCGAAGAGAUGAAGAAGAUCCAGGAGAAGCAACGGGAGAAAAGGGCAAGCGAGAUGCAGCAACAAGAGGAGAUGCAGCCAGACGAUGGAGAAGAGGAUUGAUAUAGAUAGCAAAAAAACAUGAAAGAAUAACGAAAAAUAACAAGAGAAAUAUAAUUAAAAACUCUACUGUAUAAAGAAAGAAAUCUAAAGAUUUAACUGUAAUGGUUUAACUCCAAGGGAGCAUCACCCACAAUAUAAGAAACCUCCACAACCUGACAGUUAUGACAUGUUGUCACUCAUUGCUGGAUGUUAUCCCACUUAUCCACCAUUAAUACAGUAACAGGCUGCUAAACAAAGUAAUAACAUUAUAUUUGAACAUUGUUUCCUACUUGACAAACAAUAUUGAACUGAGUGUUUAUUUCCCUUAUUAACAGAACUUUUGUACCAGUUAAAGCUAUUGUAAAACCACAAAAAAAUGGUGUCUGCAAUGUUCAAGAGGAAUUAUUGCUGAGGACAACCCGUUUCUUUUUCAUGUGAGCUAAUGACUUCAGCACAAAUCAGAUAAUUUAAUUUAAAAAACCAAAAUUCCAAAACUUUGUAAGAGGUUGUCACAUGUACAUGCCAUUCUAUUUACUUUUUACAUGUGAAUAGAGAUGUGUUUACACAUAAAUCAUAUGAGGGCUAGGCCUGCUUCGGAAACCGGUUAGAUGUCAUGCAGUAUAAAAUAAACGUAUAGGCAUUUCAUCAAAUGAAAUAAGUGCUCUAUUUCUCGUGCAAUAUGCAUUGCAUACAAAUCAAAUAUAUUGAACUGAUUAAUGGAUCUUCACAUGAUGACGUUUGCCUGAGGCAUUCAAAGAAAUAUUAAUAUUGUAAUUUUGUUUCAGUUUAAAUUGUUGCCAUGCAGAUGGAUAUAUUGUAGACCUUUUUGUGUCUCGUUGUUAAUGCAAUGUGUUAAUUUUAAAGGUACUAAAUGUGUAAUCGAUAGAGGAAAUUCUUUGACAUGUUGCAAACGGCCUGAAUUAGCAGAUUACUGAAUAAGACAAACGCCCUACACUGAUUUGACUUGGUGGUCUGAAAAAAGAGGCAAAAAAUCAGCAGAGCAUUAUUUUGGUUUGUACAUCUAAAGCAUUUUGUGAUCUGUUCAGUCAUAAAAGUCCAAAUGUUGCCAAGGAGUGCUGUUGCUGCAUGUUAAUCUCCACUAAGAUACAUUUAGUUGGUUUCCCUAAAAUAUUGGACCAAGGACCCUUCCCUAUAUAUAUCUUUAUCUGCCUGCAGUGUAUGAAUCUCAAGUUUGAGUACAGAGUGAUUUCCAUUCAAAGGCUAGGUGUUGUUGUAGGGAAAGUUGUUUCAGAGCGCAUUCGAAAGGAGCAGCCUCGCAAACAGAAAUCAAAACAUUGCCAUUACACUAUAGGUAGAAAGAAACCAAGGUGAAAGGGGUUCAAUUCAGUCAGUGGAUUUGCACAUUCCUACAAGUUUAAGAUCUCAAGGUGUGAAGUUCAGUGGUGCUAUCUGGACACGUAGCACCACUUGAGAUUUGUUAGCCCAUAUAUCUACCUGCCGGGGCUGAUCAGAUUCUGUCUAGGUCUAUUUGUAAAUAUUUGGGCUGCCACGUGGAAAACAACUGGUUCUUAACCAGUUCAGUCGCAUCUCAUAGAUGUGUGAUAGCAGUUCUAUAAACUCUGUCAGUAAACUCCAGAGAAACUGGCAACAAUCAGAUACUGUCAGAUGUUCCACAGCAAAGAAUUAAUUGAUUGCUCCCAUGUUUAGAUUGACUGGAAACCAGCAGACUAGACAGCUCUUGACCACCUAUUUCUGGAGCUUAUGGUAUAGCCUAAAUGAUACCUGAUUGGGAGCAUCCUCUUCAGCAUAUAAACAACCCGGUGCCUUACACGCUCUGCAUGCUUACACGCUGGCCUGAUGCUUUGGAUCGCAGUUUGGCUUCUUUUAGUUAUUGUUUCCUCUCUUUCUUCCAUUAUUGUGUCCCAGCCCUCUUGUUCGCUAGUGCACGACUCGUGGUGCUAAAAAGGGUUUGUAAAAAAAAAAACUCUUAAGAAAAAAACUUGGUGCAGAAUUCUUUUUUCUGCUACCUUCCUUCUUAACUUAUUUGCCAUCCCCAUUCCCUAGCCAUCCAGGUAUCGGCCUACAUGUAAACAUGGAAGGGGGUGGACACCUAGAUGAGAGGUGAUGCAGAGGAGUUGGCUCUUUACUAGCCUAGCGCGUUAGCAGGGAGAGCAGGGGCAGAUUGGGAACAUUCGGUAGUACGCUGAAAUGCUAUGAGUUGUUGUUUGGAAGCCAGCCCCCUUUGAAAUGCUCCUUCUGUGGCUUGCUAUGUGUUAGUUGUAAGUCGCUCAAUUAAUGGGGAGCAGCAAGCAUGUCUUGUUUUUUUCGUUUUACGAAGUUUUACCUUUCAGCGUUAUUCCACAUUAUUUGUAAUUUUGGAAUGUUUGUGCCCACAAAAAAAAAAAAUCUAUUUUUUCUGUGCAACAUUUCAUCACUGUGUGCAAUAUCGUAUGUGCCAAUGGUGGCAAUAUAUGUAUAUCAAUUAAAUAUAUAAUUACUAUUGUAAAGCAUGUGGCUGAAUUCCAUGUUUAUUUCUCAUGAGGAGUUAUAUGCCUUUAUUUGCACUCAAAGCUCCAUCCUGGAGGAAAUAGUAAACCAAGGUCUUAGCAGCCUGUUGGGUUAAGCAGUUCACAUACGUACUUUAACUUGAAAUAGAACAAUGUCACUGCAAGUAUGCCUCUCUUUAGGAAAAAGGUAAACUUGGAUGGGUUGUUGAAGGUAGACUAUAAACACACAAUGGAGCUUUAUUUUGUGAAAAGGAAAACUUUAAAAAAAAAUACAAUACAGUGAAAUCUCCAUUUUAGCUUUAAGCUAAGAAAAGGUGCUUCAGUCCAAUUCUCAUUAAGGUGUAUGGUGAACUGUCUUCAGUGGUUGUUGUGUGUAGCACUUUGCUUUUUUCCAGGUUAAUAAAAUGCCUGACCAAUACUUGUUUAAAAUGAUCUCAACAAAGAAUGUCCUUUUUUGUUUUUAAAGAUAAAGAAGUAUUUGAUUUGGUUUUGAUGCAUUAUAUAUAAUUUAUGUACAUUUGACAAAUUUCAAAAAUAAAUUUAAUUUACCCAAUGAGGGAAAAUCUACAUUCAGAAUGUAUGUGUUUUUUGUUUCAUUUCUUGUUGGGAGAAAAAAAACGUCCCCAAAUGUCGACAAUUCACUGAGGAAAAGUACGUUUAAUUUUGAUGUAGUGUUGUCCACAAUGUCUACAUUUACAAUGAUACUAAUUACUAAAGCUUCAUUUUACAGCCUUUUAAAAUGCAAACUUUGCAAUGACAAGUUACUGAUUACUCAUGUCUUAGAGAUUUCUACAUAAGUACUGUAUGUAUAAUACCAGGCUGUAAAAUAAAGCAUUACCUUGUUCUCUAAUC